AUGGAUACUGGAGAUCCACCGCAAGUCAGCGCCGCCUCUGAAGGAGCUGGGAACAUGCCUCCUCCAGCCAGAAUUCGAUCUGGCCUGGUAGAGGAUGAAGAUAAUGGUGAAAUCAACCUCCGGUACGGCGCCAAUUCUCUAAUUCCCGGACCUGUUGGCGGUCCUGCGAAUGCCCCUAGCCCGGCUCAGCACAUACUGCUCGGUCCUUUCCAGACUCCCGCCGAUCAGCAUCAUGACCCUCCCUUUGGGCUUUCGCCACGAGAGGUCAACGAAAGAGAUGCGGAAGCCAAAAGCGUCGCUUUCAUUUUGUACCGUUGCCAUUCAGCAACGCAGAAUGGAUGCCCUAGAAGCCAGAACUUAUCCCUCAGUCGGUUCCCUCCUCUCUCGCGGCAUGCCAAUAUCCUCCGAAUAUUCCCUCUACCUGCUCGUAUUCGCCGUCGUCAAUUAUCGGCCUUUGGAGACCUGCCGGAGUUCUGGCUUGGGGCUGAGUUCUGUGGGGCGUGGUCUCGAAUUGAUCUGCAGAACCGAAACUUGGAUCCUGUAUGGCUUUCGGAUAGAUCGUUAACCUCCCAGGCUAGGAAGAAUCAGAAUGUGUAG